GAAUUCGGAAAACAGCUGAUAGCUCAGGCACUUGUUGACGAAAAACAACUUCAGGAGUUUGUUUCCAAUUUUAACGUUUAAAUUAAUGCAAGAUAAUGUUGGACAAAGUUAAGAACGUGAUUAUAGUGCUCUCUGGAAAGGGUGGCGUGGGCAAGUCAACUGUGAGCACACAACUGGCGCUGGCACUGCGACACGCCGGACACAAGGUGGGCCUGUUGGACAUAGAUCUCUGCGGUCCCAGUGUUCCCUUCUUGCUGGGCCUCGAGGGCAGCGACAUCUAUCAGUGUGACGAAGGCUGGGUGCCAAUUUAUCCGGAUGCGAGCAAAACGCUGGCCGUAAUGUCCAUUGGAUUUCUGUUGAAGAGUCGCACGGAUCCCGUGAUUUGGCGCGGUCCCAAGAAGACCAUGAUGAUACGCCAAUUCCUCACCGAUGUCAAGUGGGAGGAGCUGGACUAUUUGAUCAUUGACACGCCGCCCGGCACCUCCGACGAGCACAUAACCGUGAUGGAGUGCAUGCGGGAAGUGCCCUGCAAUGGUGCCAUUAUUGUGACGACGCCACAGGGUGUGGCCCUGGACGAUGUACGCAAGGAGAUUACAUUCUGCAAGAAGACGGGCAUACGGCUGCUGGGCAUCGUCGAGAAUAUGAGUGGCUUUGUGUGCCCCAAUUGCACCAACUGCACCAAUAUAUUCUCCUCGAACGGUGGCGUUGAGCUGGCUAAUCUUGCCCAGAUCCCGCAUCUCGGCACUCUGCCCAUAGAUCCACGCGUGGGCGUGCUGGCAGGCUCGACAGCUUCUGUGCUGGACGAGCUGCCCGAUUCGACAACGGCCCAGGUGCUGAGGGGAUUAGUUCAGCAUUUGGAUGGCCUAACAGCAGCCGGCCCAUAGAUUAAAUAGUGAUUAGAUUGUUGCUCUCUUCUAUCUUUUCUUUUCGCUAUUUAGAGUUAUCACAAAAAUAACGUAAACUGUCUUAAUGGAACUUUUAACUAAAUUAAACUUAAUUGUUGAAUUUGAGCAUAGCCUUAAGAUCAAGAUAUACAUAUAGAUAGAUAUAUAUAUAUA